AUGGCUCCUACGGUCUCUCCUUCUGCGCCCAUCGCCAGCGACGACAGGUUCGCCUCCGCCAUCGUCGCCGGCAGCACGAGCGGAUUCCACGUGCUCAGGAUCGAGGGCUACUCGGGCACCAAGUUUACCAUCCCCAAUGGUCAGCAUGUCGAGUCCCACCCCUUCCGCAUCGCAGGGCACACCUGGACUAUCAGCUGGUGCUCAGCUUCAUCGACCAAGUGGAUAAGCAAAGGCCGUCUUACGUCCGUGGUCUCAAGGCAGACAGGUUCAUCAGUCACGACUGCUUCUUUCAUGGAGCUGGAGCAGUCGGAUCGCCUCAGGAACGACGACUGCUUCACGGUUAGGUGCGACAUCAUCGUCUUGAGUGAGCCCCGCGCGGAGGCUGCUAGGCUCGCCGCCGGUAAUUCCUUCGUCAAGAUUCCGCCGCCCGACUGGUCGGAGCACUUCCGCGAACUCCUCCGGGGUGGAAAAGGUGCAGAUGUGAGGUUCCUUGUCGGCGGCGAGACGUUUGCCGCGCACCGGUGUGUGCUCGCUGCUCGGUCGCCGGUCUUUGGUGCGAUGCUCUUAGGCCCCAUGAAAGAAGACACCACAACACAGAAUCAGAUUCAGAGCUGCAUACCGGUAACCAUUGAUGGUAUGGUGCCUCAGGUGUUCCGAAGCUUGCUGCAUUUCAUUUACACGGACUCGCUGCCGGCGGAGACAGAAGAUCAAGGUAAUAAUAUAUACCGAGGAUGGCACCAGCGCCACAAUGUUGCAGCAUUUGCUUGA